GCUGGCGAGCGGUGGAGACAGACAACUAGCUCGGGUCCGUCUCGUGGCCGAGCGCCGAGAGUCCUCGACCCCUCGCGUGCAGUGUGCUGCGUCUGCGUGCACACCGCGCCCUCGCUUUAAAAGCCCGGAGGCUCCGCUCAACGCUCGGCUCCAGCGAGAAACUCACGAAAAGAGAGGAGCCGGGAAGCAAAGCGCCGACGACUACGCCGCAAGUCCCAACCCAACCCACCCUAUCCAGAAUCCAGGGACUGGACUGGGAACGCAAGGUUCUGGGAAGGCGUAUGUAGGCGUUGCCGUCUUGGUGCCUCAUCCCGGAGCUGCUACUUCUCCCCUGGUCGUUGGUCGAUUGGAGCCGGUAGCGCGGGGGGGAUAUGCACGGGAAUUUCGGGCCCCAGGAGCAGAUUCUGUGGCCGGCGUCGGUUCUCGCCGGCAUCGUCAUGUGCGGCGCCGUAUAUCAGAUGACUCGACAUGUCAGUUCUCGAUGUUUCAAAUGCUACAGUAUGUUAAAUAACAGGCAAAAGGUUGAGUGGAACAAUAGGGGUUUCUCUACACUCCAUGCAUUGGUAGCUGCUGCCGUUUCUUUCUACCUGGUCAUGAUCUCUGACCUCUUCAAUGAAGAUGCGCACAAUAGCAUAAUAAUUGACAGAAAAUCAUGGCUAUCCGAUUGCAUGUUUGGGGUCUCGAUCGGUUACUUUUUGACAGACUUGACGAUGAUCAUGCUGUAUUUUCCUUCUUUAGGUGGAAAUGAGUAUCUCUUGCAUCACGGACUUUCUAUGUAUGCAAUUGGUCUUGCUUUAUUGAGUGGCAAAGCACACAUGUACAUCCUCAUGGUCCUCUUCACCGAAAUCACGACUCCCUUUGUGAACCUCAGAUGGUAUUUGGACGUUGCUGGUCAGAAGACUUGCAAUCUUUACUUAUACAAUGGUGUGGCUCUAUUUGUUGGAUGGCUGAUUGCUCGGAUAAUCUUAUUCAUAUAUAUGUUCACCCAUAUGUAUUUUCAUCUUGAUCAGGCGAGAUCCAUCUUCAGCUUAGGGUUCUACAGCUUGGUGGCAGUGCCGUCGGUGGUUGCGGUGAUGAACGUAUUUUGGUUCUGGAAGAUACUCAAGGGGAUGGUGAAAACCCUUUCUAGGAGGAAGCACAGCGAAAAUGGGAGAACAGAUUAGAAGGAAUGAAGGAAGGAUGCUACUGAACUGUACACAUGUUCAUCUCAACGCACUUACGGCACUCGCAUUCAUUUCUCACACAGAUGUAAUUAUCUUGUCUUGCCGUCAAAGAUUCAAAGUCGGAAUCCCGCAACUCUUAAAUUGUUGCAACAGUGCCACAUGCACCGUUACUGAAUAUAUAUUGGCCACUGUCAGUGUCAGCGUGCUCGCUUGGGAGCUGA